GUCUUUCUGUGAUUACCGUGGCAAAAAGCAGAGAUUCCACAAUCACACUGAAAGAAGAGCGGAAGGCAUGGGAGACAACAAACCUAAAGGAGUAGUAGCAGCUGCGAGUAAGUUCUCUUCUCAUGCAGUGCUGUACCUUUCAAUGUGUUUCUUGCAAUUUGAAUGAGAAUUUAGAUUUUUAAUGUUGUGCAUAUGUGGUUGUGUGCCAGAGAACAGACUGCAGGUGGUGAAAGGCUUGAAGGAUGUGGAGGUCUCUGAGUGCGAGAGCUGCUCCUUUGAGGUGACUCUCAACUUGGCCUACAUAGAGGGUGUGUGGACCAGGGAUGGGAUGCAGCUUAAGUCUAAGCCAAACUGUCGUAUCAGCAUGCAUGGCAGAAGACACUCCCUCAUAUUGACUAGGGCGGCUAUAGGAGAUGCUGGCUUGUUCUCUUUUCAGGCCAAUGGAAUUCAGACGUCAGGCCGACUCAGUGUCAGAGUUAGGGACAUCCACAUAGUGAAAGAGCUGGAGGAUGUUGACACAGUGGAGCGUCAGCCUGUGAGCUUCAUGUGUGAGGUCAACCAGGUGGAUGUGGAUGGUCGGUGGUAUAGAGAUGACAGCAGGAUCCGACCUGGAGACAACAUCAAGAUCAGACACCAGGGCAAGUGUGAUCAAACACAUGGGCUUUACAGAAACAACAGCCUGAGGAAUAUAAAUACUCCUUGGUGUUUGCUUCAAGUUUGCAAAGAAACAUUGAAUGGGAAUAAAUAUAAAACACGACUGAAAUCAAAUAAAUAAAAAAUAAAGCAUAUUGAUCUGAUCUGAUUUCAGGUAAAACUCACACCCUGUUUUA